AUGGAGCAAGUGGAGGGCCAGGGGCCCCACACCAGGCCUUGGCGCGGCCUGGUGCUGCCCCGCGCCAGCACAUGGUGUGGCCAGCCUGUGGGUCCCGAUGAACAGCGCAUGCCCAGGGGGACGGGGUACCCUGCCGUCCACAGUGCACGCUCCUCGCCGACGAGAAGCCAACGGUGGCAGAAGCCGUUGGCAGCAGCGCCGUCUCCUUCGCAGUGGUCCAUGGCGAGGGUGCUAGUGCUGGAGAAGAUGGAGGAGGGCGACGGUUUGCUCGGCGAGGAUGAAGCUGUGGCUGGCUGGAAUGAGAGCGGCGGCCUCAAAGCUGAAGUUGGUCGGCAGUGCAGGCGCCGGCCGGUGGCUAUCAACGGCGGUGGAUGGGAGGGGAAGAUUGCCCUGAUAACAGGAGGGGCUAGCGGGCUCGGCAAGGCAACGGCUCACGAGUUCAUCCAGGAGGGCGCAUCCGUUGUUCUUGCCGACGUCAAUUCCCAGCUAGGCCUGCAGACAGCUGAGGAGCUUGGCCCGCAUGCUCACUUCAUCCACUGCGACGUUGCCGUCGAGGACAGCGUCGCGGGAGCCGUCGACGCCGCAGUGGCCAGGCACGGCCGGCUCGACGUCAUGUUCAACAGCGCAGGCGUAGCGGGCUCUCUGUCCGGCACCUCGGAGAUGGCGAGCCUGGACCUGGGCCAGUUCGACAGUGUGAUGCGCGUGAACGUGCGCGGCACGCUGGCGGGGAUCAAGCACGCGACCCGCGUCAUGGCGCCGGCGUUCUCCGGCUCCAUCCUCUGCAUGGGGAGCAUCAGCGGCCUCAUGGGCGGGCUCGGCUCCUACCCGUACUCGGCGUCCAAGCUCGCCAUCGCCGGCGUCGUCAGAACCGCCGCCGCGGAGCUCGCGCGGCACGGCGUCCGCGUCAACUGCAUAUCGCCGCACGCGAUCGCGACGCCGAUGGUGGUGCGGCAGUUCGCUGAGAUGCUCGGGGGCGCGGAUGAGGCGACGGUGGCGUCCAUCGUCGCGGGCCUCGGUCAGCUCAAGGGCGCGACGUGCGAGGCGGUGGACGUGGCCAGGGCGGCCGUGUACCUCGCGUCGGACGACGCAAAGUACGUGUCCGGUCACAACCUGGUGGUGGACGGCGGGUUCACCACCUACAAGUACAUGGACCUGCCGUUGCCCACGCCACAGGAGUGA